AUGACAGCCGGGUGCCAAGUGCGCAUGCGCAAGAAGCGGUGCUUUUUGUGAAUGGUAAGGCGGUACCUGGGACACAUGACAGAUCCCAGAAGCCGCCGGACCAAUCACAAAGCGCAAGUGCUUCUCGCUCAUGCGCACUGGGCACCCGGCUGUCAUGCCGAGCGCCAUUACAGAAGCCGGGAAGACAGCGUGCGGCUGGAUCGAGGAACAGGUAAGAUCAAACAAAAACUCUGCGGAAGUAAGAGCGGUUUAAAAUUUUGGCUCUUUGUGUCUAACUUGUUCGCCACCCCUGCUCUAGGACCUGAGCUUCAACAGCUAUGCCAGUAAAGCCAGCAACCAUGAAGUAUGGUGGUAAACUGAUCAGGACAG